AUGGCUACUACAACAGAAACAGAACAAUUGGAGUAUGUGCAAGUGCCGGAAACAUCGGAAGCAUUGGAUUGGGCAGAUCUUAGAACGCUCGAUCUCUCCAAAUUUGACCAGCCUGGGGGAAGACAAAAACUAGCGGAGGAAUUCACGCAGGCCAUCGAGGACGUCGGUUUCUUCUACGUCAAAAAUCAUGGCUUGACUAAGGACGACAUUGACACGCAAUUUGCACUUGCACAAUCGGUUCUUUUGCUCCCUAGCGAAGAAAAGUUGAAGUAUCGGGCCGCGCUCGAGGAAGGAGACUACAACGGUUGGAAACCAGCCGGAACGAGAAAUCUCAUUCCUGGGGUGAAGGACAACUUCGAAAUUUACAAUAUCCCCAAAUUCAUACCCGAGCAUGCCAAUCGAUCACACCCAGAGCUUGUCAAGAGACAUUGGGAAGUUAUCGAAAAGUUCUCGAAGCAUAUCAAUGACCAGAUUGUCCGAAAGCUUCUCAUCAUCUUUGCGAUAGCCUUGGGGCUUGAAGACGAGGAAUGGUUUGUCAAAAAACAUCGCUAUGAGAAGAGCAGUGGUGAUCAUUUGCGCUACAUGAAAUAUUAUUCCAGAAGUGAGGAAGAGAAUAGAAAGCUUGGUGGAGUUUGGCUGAAAGGUCAUUCGGACAUGGGAAGCCUGACUCUCUUAUUCCGUCAACCCGUUGCUGCGUUGCAAGUGUUGACAAAGGAUGGAACCUGGAAAUAUGUCCAGCCGCAGAUGGAUGCAUUGACGGUCAAUAUCGCGGAUGCGCUCCAAUUUAUGACAAAUGGAUUCCUCAAGUCUAGCAUUCACCGAGUAAUUGCACCACCAAAGGAUCAAGCCCAUGUUGAUCGCCUGGGUGUUUUGUAUAUGGUACGCAUUGAGGACGAUUCCGACUUGGUCCCCAUUGAGGAAUCUCCCGUCUUACAGGAGAGAGGUUUGACAAGUGAAAGAAUUCUGGGAAGCGAUGGGCAGCCGAUCAAAGCGGGAGAAUGGGUGAAGCAACGCAUCAUCAAGAAUCUCGGGACAUCUACCAACGACGAAGGGGAUAACGAUGUCGACCAAGUGGAGAUAAUCAAGGGCAUUUCUAUCAAAUAUUUUGACUAG